AUCAUUACUAAAUACUCUAAUUAGAGCAGCAUUAUCUUACCUUAUAAUUUUCAAAUUAAUCCCAAAAAUGUCAACAAUCAUUGAUGUGGCAGAGUCAAGCAAAGCUCAUGCUAUUGAAAAUGAAAAAGCUGCUUUAAUUUCAGCCCCUCAAAGACCAGGAGGAUGGAAAAAGGGUAUAUCCAUAAUGGAUUUCAUUCUAAGGUUAGGUGCCAUAGCAGCUUCUUUUGGUGCAGCUAUCACCAUGGCAACUAGUGAUCAGAUUCUUCCCUUUUUCACUCAGUUCUUUCAAUUUGAAGCUAGUUAUGAUAGCUUUUCAACUUUUCAGUUUUUUGUUAUUGCAAUGGCAUUUGUUGGUGGCUACUUGGUGUUAUCUUUCUCAAUUGUAACCAUCAUUCGCCCUCAUGCAAAUGGACCAAGGCUAUUCCUCAUCAUCCUAGACACAGUGUUCUUUACAUUGGCAACUGCUAGUGGUGCUUCAGCAGCUGCCAUAGUUUACUUGGCACACAAUGGCAAUCAAGACUCAAACUGGCUUGCAAUUUGCAAUCAAUUUGGAGAUUUUUGUGCACAAACAAGUGGAGCAGUUGUGUCAUCUUUUGUGGCAGUUGUUGUCCUUUUAUUGUUAAUUGUUAUGUCCUCUUUGGCUCUUGGAAAACAUUAGAAAAUUAAAGAUUGUUAGAAUCACAUAUGCAGGGGCAUAAGUUACCUGUAUUACUUUUAUGUACGUUUGUUUGGUUUGGUUUUGUUUGAUUUUUUUUUUUUUUAAUUCUCUUUGGGAUUGGAGAUUAAUUCCUUCUUGUGAGGUGAUGAAAUAUAAAUUUGAUAGCUUGCAUUUAA